AAAAUCAGUUGAUCCCCCUCAUGAUACCAGAAUAAACUAAGUAUCUCGACAAGGGCAUGUGAGGAGCUCUGGUUGAUGAGUCAGUUUAAUUGCCAAUUCUGGUGUAAACCUCAUAACAAAGCUUCAGUGACAUGUGUGGACUGUGGUGACUUCGUGUUUGAUAACAUAGCUUUCCUCUGUAAGCUUUGUUCAGAACGACAGCAUUUGAAGCAUCAAGAUCACGAGCUUGUGCCACUUAAGGAAUAUAUUAAAAUGUCCAAGUCACUGACCAAGUCGGCUAUUGAGGAAAAAAAGGUUCAAGAAUCCUGUAAAAGCAUACUGCUGGUUGAUGACUGUGAAACUCUUUGCGUUAAAGAUGUAAAGGCAUUAGCUGAGUCCCUACACAUGACACAUGACCUGCCAGUUAACGUGCUCUCUAUAUUUGGUAACACUGGGGACGGUAAAUCUCACACGCUUAAUCACGUGUUCUUUGCCGGGCAGGAGGUCUUUGCUACCUCGUCCAGUCAGAAACCAGGAACGAUUGGAAUGUGGGUAGCGUAUGAUCCAAGUUCUAAUACUCUUGUUAUCGACACCGAGGGACUACUUGGUGUAAGCAGUAAUCUAAACAGAAGAACCCGGCUCCUCCUCAAGAUAUUAGCGCUUUCUGAUGUUGCGCUUUAUCGCACCCGCGCUGAGCGCCUCCACAAUGACAUGUUUGUGUUUCUUAAGGACGCGAGUAAUGUGUACUGUGAACACUUUAGUUCUGAGUUAGAGGGUGUUCUAGAGAAACACAGCAUAGAUGUGCCGGUGUCUAAGCUUGGUCCUAAAGUCGUUGUGAUUCAUGAAACACAGUUUACAGACACAUUGGAUUCCAGUAAUGAGAUGGUGCUAACAGAUGACCAGAAGUCAUUGGGCAGCAUGAGUAACUCCAGACCAUCUCUACACCGAGCUGAGGAGGAGAUUACGUCACGAUUUCUUGCUCUUGGAGAGUAUCCCAAGGCUUACAGUAAGAUACGUUACAUUGGUGUGAAAUCAGGGAAACAGCCCACUGAUUUUGACAUGAUACGAGAGGCAGUGUUAGAAGAAGUAGGUUCCAGCAGUAUCAGGAACAGUAAAUCUCUUGCUGUCAUCAUGGAAACUCUACAGGUACUAAACAGUAAGUUCAGCAACUCCAUCUCACCCCGGCCUCUCUCUACCUUCUCCGAUCAGUUCUUCAGAUGUCCAACUCUUUGUCUUACUUGCGGAGAUCAGUGUAAAUUAUCAGUAUCCCACGACGGGAAGCACGCCCCCUCCAGUACCUACUGUAGAUACCAACACUUACACAAGAACAGAGUUUAUAUCUGCGGAAAGUGUUAUCAUAACGGGGAUAGAAGCGAGGUAAUGUCGAAGUCGUACGAGGAUAGUGACAGCCUGUGGUCUGGGUACGCUAAAAUGGCCUGGUCUGGGUAUGUCAUAGAGUGUGAUAAAUGUGGUGUGAUAUACCGGAGUAGACAGUACUGGUACGGAAAUAAACCGCCGGAGUUAGACUCAGUCCGGACUGAAAUAGUACAUGUCUGGCCGGGGGAAGAAAGCAGGCCUGAUAACACUGGUAGAUAUAUAUUGGAUCAGAUCUAUUCUGUGUCUGAAACGAUAGGACAGUACAGUGCGGGGCCAACUCAGACGGUAACUGAUUGGAUAAACGACCAGAUAGCGCCUCCUUAUUGGGUCCCCAAUCACCUCAUCACUAACUGUUGGUCGUGCAAGAAGGACUUCAUACCUCUGGCUCAAAAACACCACUGUAGAGCGUGUGGUAAUGGGUUCUGUUCAGAUUGCUCAUGUCAGAGUAAGCCAGUGCCGUGGAGAGGUUGGGGUUACGACGCGGUGAGGGUUUGUGCUAAGUGCUUUGCUUCAACUGAUCACCCACCAGACGAAGAGCUAACAGAAGAGUACCUCGCCGCGGAUAUAACAGCAUGGAAAGUAUCGGAGUGUAUAAAAACAGCAGCUUCAGUUGUCAAGUCGGUAGUGGAGGUUCCGGCGAGUAUGGUGACGGAUUCCGUGAGACCUGAUUAUUGGGUGCCUGAUGUAGAUAUUAUAGAAUGUUACCAGUGUAAAAGUCCGAUAACCCAAGACAAACACCACUGUCGGGGGUGUGGUCAGGGGUUCUGUAGCGACUGUACCAGUAGCAAGAGACAAGUUCCAGAUCGAGGUUGGACUUAUCCAGUUAGAGUAUGUGACACCUGUAGUCUGACCUUGUGAUACAACGUAACAUCUUUUAGAAACUAGAAAUUCGUGACAACUCAACAAAAACUUGUUGGCUAAGAGUAUGAUUUUAUAAUGAGACUGUCGAAUUAAUUAUGAUUUGAUUUUAACACUAUUUGAGUCUUGAUGUCAUACCUCGACUUUAUGACUCGAGUUGUGAUUUUUGAAAUUAUUUGUAUUCGUCCAAGUUCUAAAAAAAAGACUGUAGAGUUGAAAUUUGAAGCCAUGCAAACGGAAUCUAUUAUAUGUGAAAUGUGAAAUGUGAAAUUGUACGUAAGAAUGUGGAUUGAUGUCAUCAUGUGAUUCUUGAAGAUUUGCUGCCUUGAAUUGUGCUCUCAAAUUGGUAGCUUAAACUAGCCCAACGGGCGGGAAGGUGGAGGAAAUAAGUAAAUAGGCAGCCAAAAUUCAGACUCCUUUUAUUUGCUAGGUAUUAAAGUAUUGUGGUGUCCCUGUAAACAGUAUUUAGUAAUUGCUGUAUUUUGGCAGAUGCUUUCUGUGAAAUUUAGAUAGGCUAAAAGAGCAGCUACAAGUUCAUAUUGCAGUCCCAAUCAAGGCUACAGUUCUUGUUCAAUCGGAAGCAGCUGAUUUCCUGGUUUAGACCAUUUGUUCUACUAAUCUGGUGUAUUCACCGAUUUACUGUUUAUUUGAUUCAGAUUUUAUUCGUUGAUAUAGAUCUAGAUACUGGUGGAGAGGUGAACCAUUUGUUUUCUGUCACAUGACAACGAUUAAUAAACCAUCUUCCAGCAUUGGCCAACCAAAGCACAGCAGAGAAUCACUGACCACUAUCAAAACAAAUUUGGGUCAUCUCCCCACCAGUAUCCAUAUCAUUAAGCAAAAUAUAUUUGAAAACAUGGGUUUUAUCCAAAUCCGGAGGGGUGUGUUGAUCGUGUUAAAUUUAUAUUUGUACCCAAAAGCUGGAUUUUAAUUUGAGUGUAUAAUUAAUAAUUAUGUCUGAGACUGUAUAACUGUAUUCGCAAGUUACACAAGUAUGGAUCUCCCUGUGUAAGUUAACCUGUUUUAAUGUUUCUUUGUUUUUAAUAAGACUAUGUCUAUAUCAAUAUGUAAUGUAGAAAGUUAACAUAAAAUUCUUUAACUUUUUAAUUUGUUUGAUGAAAUGAUAAUCAUAUUCUAAUUCUACCUGCACCAGAAA